AUGGAGGCGGCGGGAGGCGGCGGAGCCCCGGGCCCGGGCAGGGCCCGCCCGGGACAGCCCCAGACACAACCCCAGCCACAGCCACAGGCACAGCCCAAGGGCCGCGAGCUCUUCAGGAGCCAGCGCAAGGAGUCCGAGGGCUCCGUGGAUUGUCCCAACCUGGAAUUCGAGUACGGGGAUGCCGACGGCCACGGCGCUGAGCUGGCAGAGCUGUACAGCUACACCGAGGAGCCCGAGCUGAGCCACAACAGGAGAUGCUUCGAGGAGGAUUUCCAUACUCAAGUGCCGGACAGGAGGUGGCUGGAGCUGGACAGGGCUCAGCAGAAGGCCUAUGUCAUGCACCUGCUGGAUGGGCUGGAGGUGGUCAACAGGGACAAGAGGCUCCGAGUGGCACGGGCCAUCCUGUACCUGGCACAGGGUGUCUUUGGGGACUGUGACAAUGAAGGUGAUGUCCUGCACUGGUCUCGGCACAACAGCUUCCUCCUGUACCAGCUGGGAACCUUCUCUGCCUUCCUGGAGCUCCUCAACAUGGAGAUUGAGAACAGCCAGGCCUGCAGCAGCGCCCUGCGGAAGCCGGCGAUCUCCCUGGCCGACAGCACGGAGCUCAGGGUCCUGCUCAGCGUCAUGUACCUGAUGGUGGAGAACAUCCGCGUGGAGCAGGAGACGGAUCCCCCCGAGUGGAAAACCUGCCGGGAGACCUUCAGGAUGGAGCUGAGUUUCCCUGUGCACACUGAGGAGCCCUUUGCUCUGCUGCUCUUCACGAUGGUCACCAAGUUCUGCAGCGGCCACGCUCCACACUUCCCCAUGAAGAAGGUCCUGCUCCUGCUCUGGAAGGUGCUACUGUUCACGCUGGGCGGGUUCGAGGCGCUGCUGGCCAUGAAGGUGCGGCGGCGGGAGGAGCUGGGGCUGCCGCCGCUGCCCGAGGACAGCAUCCAGGUGGUGCGGGGGAUGCGGGCGGCCUCCCCGCCCACCUGCGCCAUCGAGCUGGUGGAGCAGCAGCAGCAGCAGCAGCCGCAGCCCAAGCGGAGCCACCGCAGCCGCAGGCCCCUGAUGAAGCAGGACAGUUUGGAUAUCUACAACGAGAGAGAUCCCUUCAAGAGCGACGAGGGAGGGGUUGAUGAGGAGGAGAACGACGAUGUGGACGGGGGGAUGGAGGGGGAGCUGGAGCUGGUGGAGCGGGACGCGCUCAUCCCCGCCCUGCCGGCGCAGCGCCUGCCCAUCGAGAGGGUGUCCUUCCCCAAGGGGCUGCCCUGGGCCCCCAAAGUCAGACAGAAAGACAUCGAGCAUUUCCUGGAAGCAAGCAGGAACAAAUUCAUCGGCUUCACGCUGGGACAGGACACUGAAACCCUGAUAGGGCUCCCACGGCCGAUCCAUGAAAGUGUGAAGACCCUGAAGCAGCACAAGUACGUUUCCAUCUCGGAUGUCCAGAUCAAGAACGAGGAGGAGCUGGAGAAGUGCCCCAUGUCUCUGGGGGAAGAGGAAGUGCAAGAAACCCCUUGUGAGGUGUUGUAUCGAGCAAUGUUGUACAAUCUCCCCCAGUACAUGAUCGCUUUGCUGAAGAUCCUCCUGGCUGCUGCACCCACCUCCAAGGCCAAGACUGACUCCAUCAACAUCCUGGCAGAUGUGCUGCCUGAAGAGAUGCCCAUCACGGUCCUGCAGAGCAUGAAGCUGGGCAUCGACGUGAACAGGCACAAGGAGAUCAUCGUGAAGAGCAUCUCGGCACUGCUGCUGCUGCUCCUCAAGCACUUCAAGCUGAACCACAUCUACCAGUUUGAGUACGUGUCCCAACACCUGGUGUUUGCCAACUGCAUCCCGCUGAUCCUGAAAUUCUUCAACCAGAACAUCAUGUCUUACAUCGCUGCCAAAAACAGCAUCUCUGUCCUGGAUUAUCCCCACUGCACGGUCUGUGACUUGCCUGAGCUCACAGCAGAAAGUCUGGAAGCUGGAGACAACAAUCAGUUCUGCUGGAGGAAUUUGUUCUCCUGCAUUAACUUGCUGAGGAUCCUCAACAAGCUGACCAAGUGGAAACACUCGAGGACAAUGAUGCUGGUGGUGUUUAAAUCAGCCCCGAUCCUGAAGCGGGCCCUGAAGGUGAAGCAGGCCAUGAUGCAGCUCUACGUGCUCAAGCUGCUGAAGAUCCAGACCAAGUACCUGGGGCGCCAGUGGAGGAAGAGCAACAUGAAGACCAUGUCUGCCAUCUACCAGAAGGUGCGGCACCGCAUGAACGACGACUGGGCCUACGGCAACGACAUCGACGCCAGGCCGUGGGAUUUCCAGGCCGAGGAGUGCACGCUGAGGGCCAACAUCGAAGCCUUCAACAGCCGCAGGUACGACAAGGCGCAGGACUCGGAGUUCGCCCCGGUGGACAACUGCCUGCAGAGCGUGCUGGGCCAGCGCCUGGAGCUGCCCGAGGACUUCCAGUACUCGUACGAGCUGUGGCUGGAGCGGGAGGUGUUCUCGCAGCCCAUCCGCUGGGAAGAGCUGCUGCACUGCCAGUGACGGCCCCGGCCCCGCCCGGCCCGCUCCUGCUGCCGCCCGCGGGGCUGGGGCGGACCCGGGGGUUUUAGCACGGCUGGGGCAAAGAUGGAACCUUCCCAAAGAGACCUGAGUGGUCUCUGUGCGCCCUGCAGACGCCUCUUUUUGGAGGUCAUCCUGUGACUCCCUGGAGACCACAGACAGAGC